ACCGCAUGCAGUUUUUCCUCUCUAAGCAAAGAUCCAUGAUGUCGACGAUGUGUAGUCGACGGACACACAGACACUAACGCUCGGAUUAACGUCGCAUCGGCGAACAACCGACGUGUUCGACCAGCUGAAGGAUGCUGAACCUGGGCACAGAUGGUUAAAAAGCAGGAAGAUCCUGCUCUGUAGAUGUCUGGAAUCUGUCCAUGGCUUCUAAGAAGCAGAGAGGAAUGGUUUUCUGUGAGGAAGGGGGGUUCACACCUGCAGCAGACCACCUACCUGAGUGCUUUGCAGCUCUUAAACCAGGGAGGAGAAAUGAAGGUGGGAAACACAGCACCUGUUUGACGAAUGAAGAAGCCGGUAUGAUGGGUAGCCCCUACAUGAACCCAUCAGAGGAAGCCAUCAAGGCUACUGUUGGACUUCCUGCUUUGAAGUAUCCAGCAGGUUCAGAUAGCAUUUCACCUGGUGGCCUGUCACCUGCCUGUGUCUGCAGAGGCAUCAGAGUGACUCUGGACAACAACAGCAUGUGGAACGAGUUCUUUAAAUGCAGAACAGAGAUGAUUCUGACCAAACAAGGAAGUAGGAUGUUCCCCUAUUGUCGCUUUCGGAUCUCCGGCCUGCAGCCGUCCAGGAAGUACACAUUGAUCAUGGACAUUCAACCUCUGGAUAACAGUAAGUAUGAGUGGACUGGCAGCAGCUGGCAGGUCGCUGGGAAGGCAGAGUCUCAGGUGAAGAGUGCACCAUUUGCCCAUCCAGAGUCUCCUUCAACGGGCCAACACUGGAUGCUGAACCCAGUGUCCUUUUACAAACUGAAGCUCACAAACAACCUGACAGACCAAGAGGGUAACACCAUGCUGCAUCCUAUGCACCGCUACCUGCCCCGUUUGCACAUCUUUCAAACUGACAAGCCUGUUAAAGACAUCAAGCUGAGCGGUCCUGCUGUCUUCACCUUCACUUUCCCUCAGACUGAGUUCAUGGCCGUCACAGCGUACCAGAACUCUCACUUUGCUCAGCUGAAGGUCGACUGUAACCCGUUCGCUAAAGGACUGAAGGAGGACAUCUCAAAGCUAAAAGUGAACUCUAAAAAAGAUUAUAGCAAAGAUGGAGGCACAACAACAAACAAGCUGCAUCCUGUGAAGAAGAGCUUGAAGUCUUUACUGGAAAACCAUAAACUGAGAACCUCAAAAGCAGCGAACUUGAUGCCUUCAGUGUCAUGUGACCUGCAGACUACAAACAGAGAUCAGUCGGCUGCAAAGAUCAGUGGGGAAAGUUCACGUUCUCCUCCAGCUCAGAAGUUAUUUUCUGAGCUGAUUCGUGAGGCUCACGUUUCACUACAAAGAUGCAACAUGGACCAGCUGAGCAACAACAACAUCCAUCACACAACUGAGUGGACCAACACUAAAACAACAACUCUAAAACACAAUGGACAAGAGGGCAGUAAACCUGUCAGAACACACGGUGAAACAUCAGCUACAAACAAAGAUGAAGCUGUUGUGAGUACCAGGAAAGUGAGGCAAGACCCUGUGAAGUCACUGAACAUCAGUACUGAUUGUCCUGCUACAUCAGCUUCAUCAACUCCAUUAGCGGCCCACUACUUGUCUGUGGACUCGGAGCACCAACAGGACUUGUCUGUGGAUUCCGAGCGCCAACAGAACUCUUUUGUGGAAUCAGAGCACCAACAGAAUUCGUCUGUGGACUUAGCGCACACACUGAACUCUUCUGUGGACCAACCAAAGCCUGAAGCUCCGUCAGAAGACCAAGUUAAACAACACAAACGUCCGGCACAGCUGCCUCUUCCAGCUCUAGCUCUGUUUUUAAAGCAGCACUCUACAAAACGUAAAAAAGCAAAGAUCAGGCAGGACUCUCCUCCCCCAGCACUCCCGUCUGAAACUUCUUCUGAACCCAUGACUUUGAAUCCUGCUUCCUCAAAGGACCCCCCUAAAGAUAUAACUCAGUCCAAAAAACAGACGUCCUCAUGUGCUGAUGAAUGUCUUUCACCUGAUGAACCCAGCACUUGGCCUUCCAGUCCAUCAGGUCAGGAAGCUACAGCUGCUUCGAACGGACAAAGAACUGAUUAUAUGUCUAUGUCAGACCCUGAAAUCACCACCGAACAUCAGGCUGAUAGUCCACCUGUGUUAUCCAGCUCAGAUGAGCUUCUUUGUCCCCCUUUGACAUCUUUUUCCCCCAUGAGCUCCUUUUCUCUUAUCCCCUCACCAUCCUCUGACCUGGUGUUACCUGUUGAGAUUUCACACCCAUCAGCCUCCCCCACCAUGAAGACUGAGUGUCUGCUUCCUGAUCCAGAGUGUUCUUCUUUUGCCUUUGAGCCAUUGUCUCCUACAAGUUCUCCUGAACCAUUACCUUCGCUGCCUGUCUCUAUAACUUUAGAACUCAGCUCUCAGACUUCUGAAUAUAAAUGUGUUCAUCCUGAAGAAGAAUCAGCUGAAUCAGUGUUUAAAUGGCAUACAGUGUUACCUCCACCUGAGCCUGACGUCCACUCUUCAUUCACAACAUUUCAGUCCACGCCACACACUCUUCCUUUAGCCUCUGUUCCAUCUCCUGUGCUGCCUUCAGAGACUGCCUCCCUCCCUGAACCACAGUCUUUGGACCCAUCCACAUCGCCCCCUGAGAUGUUUCAGGUAAACGAACAGUCACUACCAUUCUCUGCAGAGCUGUCCCCCCUCGCACUCCAGCUGCCACUGUCUCCAACCUUCUCCUCUUUAGACGGAGACCCGUUAUCACCCACGCCAUCACUAGCUGACCUUGUGCACCUUUUCUCCAUGGACGAUGACCUGGGGUUGGGGGUGGAGUUUUCAAACUCAGAGUCGGUGGCUGCAACCUGCCUGCCUUCAAGCACAGUUGAAGCAGACCCACAGGAGUCGUCUCAGCCGCUGCAGAUGGUCCAAGCCAACAAACCCUGCAAACGCAGGAAGAAGUGUCGCCGACGAAAGGUCGCUAGGACCCACACGGAUCAGGAGAAAGACAACUCCACCUACACCUGCAUGCAGGCGAACCUUGAGGAGGUGGAGGAGCAGCUGUUUAUCUCCUUCACAUCAAAGGAGGCCCUCAAACUUCACAUUGUGGACUCUUUAAAAGUAUCAGACCCUGAGGCUCAGAGAACACAUGAAGGUCACCUGCAGACACCUGAAGGUCACCUGCAGACACCGGAGGACUCACCUGAGCAAGUAGACAGCUUGGAGAAAAAGAUUGCUGCCUUCCAGAAGAUCCUCCUGAGAGACCUGAAACUGAUGAGACACAGACAGGUGAUCCAUCCUGUGCUGCAGGAAGUGGGUCUGAAGAUGAACCUGCUGGAUCCCACUCAGGCCAUAGACCUGCAGUACUUGGGGGUCCGCCUGCCCCUGCCCCCACCUGGACUCUCUGUGGAUCCCUCAAAUCCAGGUGUUUGUGGUGCAUUCGUGUCCCGGACAGGAAAAACAACAGAUGUGACUCAGAUUAAAGGCUGGAGAGAGAAGUUCAGUCCAUCAGAGGCUCCACCCCCUCCUGCACUACCUGAAGUUGGUCCUGGUCCUGACACGCAGAAGAAGAACCUCUCUGCAUUCUGUAGUGACAUGUUGGAUCAGUACCUGGAGAAUGAGGGAAAGCUGAUUGAUCGGCAAGUUGACAGUCUGUCUCAGCAGCAGUCUGACCCUCCAGUCUACCAACUGCCCACCACCAGCACUAGCUACGUCCGGACCCUUGACAGCAUCCUGAAGAAGCAGGUGGCCUCAGACCUGAUAUCUGGAUUCAUUCCCCCCUCGAAGAGACCCAAACUCCCUCCAAAGGAGCCCCGAACCUACCUGAGAGAAACCACCAAGCAGAGAGGUCCAAAAUCACACAAACCAAGACCAGAAUCUGCUCUUACAUCUGGAUCCAGUCCAGCUGAGUCAACCCAUAUCACCAAACUGCCCAUUGUUCCGACUGCAGCUGCCUCCCUUUCUUCAGCAGCCCCCCCUAUAUCAGAACCCUUGGCCCCAAUCAACAAACCUAAGAAACAGAGACACAUUGUGAGAGUCCCAUUUGCAUCAGGACCGCCCCCAAAGGUAAAGGAGAGCAGGAAGCUUAAACCCAGGACCAUGUCCCAGACCCUAAUCCACCCCAGCAUUACCAAUGUUGUCUCAGAAGACCUGGCUCCACUGGAUUCAGACCCAGAACAGGGGAAUAAGACUCAUAGUGUUCCUGUGAUGACAAGGGGUCUGCUGAGACAGAAGGACCUGGAGGAUGGAGGGGUCUGGGAAGGAAAACCCAGAACCAGAAUCACAGAAGAGAGGGCUGCCGUUGCUCUGACAUCACUGUUCACUCUUAAGGGCUUUGUCAUCGAAAAUCCGACCACUCCGGUGCAGGUGGUUCGCAGACAGGCCCCUCCCUGCCUGAAUGAGUUCUGCCGGCUGGGCUGUGUGUGCUGCAGCUUGUCUCAUGGCUGCAGGAUCAGUCACUGCGGCCGGCCCGCCUGCAUGCUGGGCUGCAGCUGCCUCAAACAGAAGGUGGUUCUCCUCAAGCACCUUGACCCGGACUCAAGCCCCUCCCACCAGGGAAACAGGAAGAGGAGGAGGAGGAGGAGGAUGAAGAUGGCUUAUGUUCUGAAGGAGGCGGACUCAGUUUCCCAGCCUGCCCAACGGGUCCGUACUCUGUGGAAGAGGGAUGGCAGAGACUCAGAUCAAGAUCCGAUUCACAUCCCUAAAGCAGUUCAUCGGCCCUGCCCAUCAGAGAGGACAACAGUUAGCAGCUGUGCCAGGGUCAGAGGUUAUUUCCUGAAGAGGCGGAGCCACAAAGUGAAGGACACACCUGAGGACAAAAAAUCUAAAGACGGUCGUUUGAAACGUGUGAAAUUGAAGGACCCUCAGCGCUCCACACCCUCAGCAGCACUUGGACCAGAUCAGGUUGUUUCCUCUGUCCAGUCCCCUAGUUCUUGUAUCGAGUUAACCCCGAAGCCGUCCAAGCGUCUGAUCAUCCUGACGGAGGGUAAGUGGGGCAGCGCCGCCGACAGGAGCAUGGUGUUAAAGCACCUGUGUGAGCGAAUGGCUCAGGACCAACUCAACCAAUCGUUCUGCCUUGGGGGGUACCGCAUAACUCCCAUCAGCCAGACUGCUGAGGGGGACGGGGCUGACAGCUGCAUACAGUAUAGAGUCCACAUCUCCAUACCAGAACCAGAAAAACCAGCACAACAAGCACCUAACACAGACCAACAACAGGAACACAUGAAACAGGUUUUCAGGGAGGCGGAGCCUCCUGAGGAAUGGCAGAGAGAGGUGGAAGCGAAAGAGGCUGAGCCUCCUGAAGAUUGGCAGAGAGCAUUGGAGGAGGAAGAGGCGGAGCCUAGUGAAGACUGGCAGAGAGAGGUGGAGGAGGAUGAGGCAGAGCCUCCUGAAGAUUGGCAGAGAGAGGUGGAGGAGGAAGAGGAAGAGGCGGAGCCUAGCAAAAAUGACCAAACAAAGGAUGUCAGUGAGGAGAAGGCAGCAUCAACUUAUCACCAGGUGCACGAUGCGAACCACAGAGAAGAACAGGACAUAAGAUCAGAGAAGAAGAAGAGGAUCAGUUUGGGUCUGCCAUUCCUCACAGGAGUCUCACCUGCUGGCUUCCUGAUGACCAAGAGGAAGCAGCCAGGAGGAACAGACCACCUGGUCCAGGUGAAUGGGAAACUCUAUCCUCUGGCUAAGAUCCAGUUGGGACAGAUGGGGGCACUUCAUCCUGCGAACAGAUUGGCAGCUUACCUGACGGGGCGAGUGGGGUCAAACAGGAAGCAGCAUGGCUCCUCCGCUGAACCUCACCAGAGCCGAAGUCCUGGAACGCCCCACCAUAAUGUUUCCUCCUCUUCUCCUGUGGUCGGCAUUCCUCUACCCAAACCUCAGCCGUCAGUCCCAAUUCCCUCCAUCCAGACCCCACCAACAGAGUCUCAUCUGCCAGUCUUCCUCCACCAAUCAGCUGCCUUGUCUAACCCGCCAACACCUGAGGGGACAGGGUCUCGGGUAGUGACAAUGAUGUUGUACCCAAAUAGGACAGGAAAGACCAACCAGGUUACAGUGGUACCUGCAGCAUCUUCUAGCUCCGCCCACCUACCAGGUCCAAACCCGGCUCUGAAGGUCUCUCAGGUGUGGAUGGUCCCAGCCACGGGUCCUCUUCAGGGUCCUGUUCGGGGUCCGUCACCAACCUCCACUGGUCAGAGGAUGAUACUGAAGCCAGUUCAGACCACAUCAGGGUUACAAUUCUACCGCAGACCUGACGGGAAACUUGUUCAACUGGUCCCCCUCAGCCAGCUGAGACCAGUCCCCAAGAUCCAGGAAAAGAACAAGAUCCAGGACCAGAAAAAGAUCCAGGACCAGACCUGUUCUGUGCAGAAAGUCCUCCAGCCUGCUUACUGUCAGACCUCAGACCCCCAAUCCCUGCCCCUCCUCCCUGCCCCAACCCAGCCCCCUUCUGCUGUCUUGGCUCAAAGGGAGACUUGUAAAUUUAAAGUCUUCCCCACUGACCACACAAAGGACCCAAUGAUUGUCACCUGUGUGAAAGUCCCGCUCCCUCCCCCAACCAAGAUGGCCGCCUCCUCCCCACUCCUCCCCAAGGCCUCUGUGAAUCUUCUCUCCCUCAAUCCAGAUAAAGGUGAGGGGGCAAGCUUGGGUGUGAAGACUGUGACAACGGCCCCUUGUGGGGUGGUAGUCCAUCAGAAACCUCAUACCAUAAUCCAGACCACUAGUAGAUCCCAGUCCAACCCUCCAGGGUCAGAGGUCUCUCUAUCCCCACCUCAACCCCCAGCCCACAGGACCGGACCUGAGCCAGAGCCGUGUAGCAACCUAAGGGACCUGGACAUGAUGUGUGUGGAGACUGAGGUGGUUGCUGCCGGGACAGUUGUUGGAGACAAGCAGCAAUCAGAGACCUUGGAAACUGAGGAGACGGAGAACUCGUCAGACUUUGAGGAGGAAACAGAUGAAGAAAGAGAUUCAGUCAAAUCUCAGCCUGACAACAUACGUCACAACAUGUUGGAGAAGCAGCGUAGAGUGAAGAUGAUGAAGCUGUUUAAAAAUCUGAGGAGAGAAUUGGGACAGGACGAGAAGACACCAAAGAUCCACAUCCUCAAAAAGGCGAUGGAGGCGAUCCAAGAGCUGAGGACUGCACAAACAAAUCUUACAGGGAUAAAGAGGUUGCUGAUGAAGAGGAGGGACCACUAUCUCAACAUCAUUGCUCCCCCCACAGGAAGUAAACACAAGGAGGUGAUCGAGGAGGCAGGGCUUCUGUCGGACAAGAUGUAUGAGCUGACAGACAACUCAUCUGAUGAGGAGAAAGUCAUCGCCUUGACAACAAAUGUGAUGGAUUCUCAGGUGGAACAUGAUGUUCAAAGUGUCACCAUGGGGAUGAUGGAUGAGAUUGGUCAGCUGAGUGAUGCCCAGAGGAGUCUGUCGAGCAUCAUGGAGGACCUGGACUCAAAAGACGCUUUGAGUGCAAAGAAGUUGCUGCGAGAUCAGAGAGUCAACACCGCCUUCAAAGCUCUCCAGUCCGUGAUGAAUGACAAAAACUCUGCAAGGACACACCUGUUGAAACAGGCUUGUCGGGAGAUUCAGACACUGCAGUGUGAGAUGAAACUACUGAAGAGUCUGAAGAGCUGUCUGAGACAGCAGAGAGACGCCUACAUGAAGAAGAUCCAGCAGGGGUCAGGUAAAAGUCAGCAGGGAAUCCUCAGGAAACACCAGGUGUCCAAGAAAGACAAAGCAGCCAAUCAUCUUCAAGAUACAGAAGGGGGUGUGGCUUCCUCAUCAACUGAUGAUGACAUCAUAUUAACUUCCUCCAACCUGCAGCAGCCUAUUAAGGCUCCUCACACUCUGACCCCGCCCACACCUACACCUGUGCAGACACAUUUUCUGAAAAAUCCACCUGUCCUGGCUCCCACUGUUACCCACAAUUCAUCAGGAGUUAAGGACAGGACGAGGACGAUCCCAAACAUCCUGACUCGCAGAAGGAAGAUGGUGAAGGGUGAGAAGGAGCUGCCGCUCUAUCAGGCUCUAGUUCCCACUGAGGCUCUGUCCCUGGCAGGGGCCUUGUUGCCGGGGCAACCAGUCCUGACUAUGACCCCGGUGAUGUCAGGGCCUUCUGUGCUGCAGACGUCUGCUUCAGCCGGCGUGGCCUCAGUGACCCUCAGCAUCCCAGGCCUGACCAAUCAGCAGAUCCACAUAACCUCACUGCCCCAACCACAAACUGCUCAAAACAUCAACAACCAGCUGCAACUGGUUCAACCAACAAAACAACAAGAACAACUAAUGACACGUAACACAGACCAACAACCAACCACCCAUGAACAACUAGUGAUACAACAGCAACCAGUGACACAACAACAGCAACCAGUGACACAACAACAGCAACCAGUGACACAACAACAGCAACCAGUGUCACAGCAACUAGUGACACAAAAAGUAGUGGCACAACAACAACCAGUGACACAACCACCACCAGUGAACUGUCAACAGACUCCACAGGUCAGUCCUGGCGAGUCCUCCUUUCGGCGUCUUGGGUUAGAGGAUUCAGUGGGCGUGUCUAUCAGAGGCGGGGCUGACUGCCUUACAUCGCUCCUCGACGAGAUUGUCUUCCUCAACCAGCAGAACUCCAAGGAGACUGAAGUGGGGGUACUGUUUCCAGGGAAACAAUUCUUUGAGGUGGGGCUGCAGGAGGAAAGUAGCACUGUGGGCGAAGUCUCAGAGCAGGGCGGGGCCUCAGAGCCAGGCGGCGCCUCGGAGCAGGGGAGCCCAUGGCUCCUGCGGCUGGAUUCUGACUCUGAGGACACAGUUACCACGGAGACAGCACAGACAGAGACCACUACGGGCCAAUCACAGCCUAGUCCUGUUGUCCUGACUCCGCCACCCCUGCUGCAGAUGAAGGUGGGCGGGGCAACAGAGGCAGACCUCUCCAGCAUUGAUGGAGCAGCAGUAGUGGGAGAGGAGACGAGGAGGGAUGGAGACAUGACCUGGAGGCCGAUGCCAAGGUUGGUCCCUCUGGGCCUGAGAGGACAUGCCUCUAGCUGACAUCACGCAGUUUUAGUCCGCCAUGACACUCCACUGAAAUGUUAAAAAUGUAUUAGCAUUGAUAAAAGCAACCAAAUGAACAACCAAUCAGAUCAACAAGCAACCAGCUCUGAUUUCUGUAAAAUCAGUAGAUAGAGAGAGAGAGAGAGAGCUUUAAUGAACAUGAAGCUGCAGAAAUCUUCAACAUUAAAGUUUGAUGACUGUAAAUAAAACAGUGACUAACCUGUACCUGCUCAGUGUUGGCUGCAGUCUGUUGUUUAGUUAAACUGUUUUAAGUAUGUACAGUGUACAGGUGUUUAGUUCUUUUUUUACGUGUACCUUUUACAGUGUUGGAGGAGAAAACGAUGCCUCAGAAACAAAAAUAAAGUAUAAAUAUGAA